AUGUCGUCGACCAUGACGGCGCCAGCAGUGGGGCAUCGUCCGCCUGAUCCAGGUACCGAUACGCCCAUGCGCGACUAUGGCGCCUCCCCAAAUGACGCCUCGCCCCCCAUCGAAUCAAGGAGCGCCUCCGCAAUCCGCGACAUGCAUAAUUCUGCCCCAGCCUCGAAGGGCUCGCCCGCCACCCCGAUUGAAAUUAAAACAGAACCCUCAGAGAGCCAGGAUUUCUCCCUACACCAACAGAAGGAGAAGAGCGCCCAAUCGGCUGCCGGUGUGCUACUCGCUCAACUGCUCGGAAACCAAUCCUCGACCUCGGCUUCCGCGUCAGGACAAACAGCCGGCGAAAAAACGGAACAACAGGAUGCCAAUUUGUUUGAUUCACGCCACCAGCAGUCGGAUGCGAACGCCCAGAAUAAUCUCUUUUUCGAUCAGUCCUUCCAAGGAGACUCAGGCUCAGUACCAGGAGGAACGCAAGUGUCAAAUGGUGGACAAAUGGCUGAUAUCUUCGGAGGGCUGGGAAACUCUCCGCAAGACGCAAAUGGUCUGGAACAUCCCUCAUCCGACGCAAUGAACGCCCUGACCGAUCCAUUGAACUCGAAAUCGGACAUCGAGCCUUCUCUUCUCCCCGCUUUUGAGAUGUCCGAGGGCCCAAAGAAAUGCAUUCGACGCUCUCCAGCAUAA